CGGCGAAUACGCUGUGAUAUUGUGUCUGCUAGCUUCUGGCGACACCCGCAUGUUCCCACGGGGGCAUCGGAGGACAACAAUUUGGUAGCGCACAAGUUAUCCCGGCGGCCUGGGGCAGCCCACAGACGUUGCCCAGCAUGCCGCCCGCUGGUGGAGGAAACAUCAAGGUGGUGGUGAGAUGUCGGCCUUUCAACAGCAGAGAGAAAGAAAGGGGGGCGAAAUGUAUUGUCGAAAUGAAGAACAACCAGACCGUCUUGACGACACCACCUGACGCCGCUGGCAAGGGCGCGAAAGAUGCCGGUCCCAAGGCCUUUGCGUUCGACAGGUCUUACUGGUCCUUCGACAAGGCCGAUCCAAGCUAUGCGGGGCAAGACAACCUCCACGACGAUCUGGGAAAGCCGCUCCUCGAAAAUGCAUUCGGGGGCUACAACAACUGUAUUUUUGCUUACGGCCAGACGGGUUCGGGAAAGUCCUACUCGAUGAUGGGUUAUGGCAAGGAGCACGGCAUCAUCCCCAAGAUUUGCCAGGACAUGUUCAAGCAGAUCAACGAGCUCGAGAAGGACAAGACGACGAGGUGUACAGUCGAAGUGUCGUAUCUCGAAAUCUACAACGAGCGCGUCCGAGAUCUCUUGAACCCGUCGACUAAGGGCAACCUCAAGGUCCGAGAGCAUCCGUCGACCGGCCCUUAUGUCGAAGAUCUCGCCAAGCUCGUGGUCAGCAGCUUCCAAGAAAUCGAGAACCUGAUGGACGAGGGAAACAAGGCGAGAACAGUGGCUGCGACCAACAUGAACGAAACGUCCAGUCGAAGUCACGCGGUUUUCACACUGAUGCUGACGCAGAAGAAGAUGGACCUGGAGACAAAGAUGGAAAUGGAGAAGCAGGCAAAGAUCAGUCUGGUCGAUUUGGCCGGUUCCGAACGUGCGACCUCGACUGGUGCCACGGGUGCGCGUUUGAAGGAAGGCGCGGAAAUCAACAGAUCCCUGUCCACCCUCGGUCGUGUCAUUGCAGCCCUCGCAGAUCUCUCGACGGGCAAGAAGAAAAAGGGCACGGCGGGCGGCCAAGUCCCGUAUCGUGACAGUGUGCUCACCUGGCUACUCAAGGACUCACUUGGUGGUAACAGUAUGACAGCCAUGAUAGCGGCCAUCAGUCCGGCCGACAUCAACUACGACGAGACACUUAGUACGCUUCGAUACGCCGACUCGGCAAAGCGAAUCAAGAACCACGCCGUGGUCAACGAAGACGCCAACGCCAGAAUGAUUAGAGAGCUCAAAGAGGAACUGGCGCUCCUGCGGGGCAAGCUUGGCGGUGGCUCGACGGGACCUGGCGGCGUUGCCGUGCCGCCGGAGGAGGUCUAUGCGGAAGGCACGCCGCUCGAGAAGCAGAUUGUCAGCAUCACGCAAGCCGACGGCACCGUCAAGAAAGUCUCCAAAGCAGAAAUCGCAGAGCAACUUAGCCAGAGCGAGAAGCUUCUCACGGAUCUCAACCAGACUUGGGAGGAGAAACUGCUCAAGACGGAGGAGAUCCACAAGGAGCGUGAGGCUGCGCUCGAAGAGCUUGGAAUCAGCAUCGAAAAGGGCUUCAUCGGCAUGUCAACACCCAAGAAGAUGCCUCAUCUUGUCAACUUGUCCGACGAUCCACUACUAGCUGAAUGCCUGGUGUACAACCUGAAACCGGGCAAGACCACGGUCGGCAACGUCGAGUCGAACUCUGAGCAAACAGCAAAUAUCCGUUUGAACGGCACGCGGAUCCUUCACGACCAUUGCUCUUUCGAAAACUCGGCCGAUGGCACGGUGAUGGUGAUUCCCAAUGAAGGCGCAUCUGUCAUGGUCAACGGCCGCAGGACGAGUGAGCCAACCCGCCUGCACUCUGGAUACCGGGUCAUUCUCGGAGACUUCCACAUCUUCCGGUUCAACCAUCCCAUGGAGGCCAAAGCAGAGCGUGACGAGCAACGGCAGAGCCUUUUACGGCAGUCGCUUACAGCGAGCCAGUUGCAAGGCAUUAUGGAAGGUACGCCGACACGUCCCGGCCACGAAAGAACAGUCAGCAAGGCGGGCUCCGACUUUGGCGAUAGUAGACCAGACUCGCCCAUGCCAAUGCGCAACGGUCAGGAUUCGGAUUGGUCAUUUGCCCGGAGAGAGGCCGCUGGUGCCAUCUUGGGAACCGACAAGAACCUGCAAAGUCUCACGGACGAGGAGCUUAACGCUCUUUUUGAGGACGUGCAGCGUGCGAGAGCUGAGCGUGUCAACGACCGAGAUGGCGAGGACGACGAUGACUCGAACACAUCCUACGCGAUCCGGGAAAAGUACAUGUCGAAUGGUACGAUGGACAAUAUGUCCUUGGACACGGCACUGACCAUGCCUUCAACACCGAAGACUGGGGAGAUGAUGGACCUGAAAGAACCACGCGAGAGUGCUCAGCAGCAGCUGGAGAAGCGAAAGGAAGAGGUUCAGGAGCAGCUCAAGAGUGCCGAGGCCGCCAACAUCGAGGUCGAGGAAAUCAAAAAAGAGAAGGCCAAGAUGGAGGAGACACUGACUCAGCUCAAAGCGGAGCUGCAGAGUCAGCUGGAGGAACAGAAGAAGGAGUACGAGGCCAAGAUUGAGCGGAUGGAUCCCUUCAAGCGACCGAAAGCGAAACCCAAGCUUACGGACGAAGACAUCAUUCGCGCAAAGCGUGCUGCUGAUCACUGGAGAAGCCGACACUCCGUCAGGAUGGCUGAGGCUGUGCUGCAACACGCAGCGACUCUGAAAGAGGCACAGAUCAUGAGCCAAGAAUUGGGCGAGAACGUCUCUUUCCAGUUCGCCGUCAUCGACCAGGGUCAUGCGCGGUGCUCCUCGUACGAUAUGGUGCUCAAUGACGUUGUGAGCGAGGGUGAAGAUGUUGCCCUUGACGAAGCACGGAAGCCAUGCGUUGGUGUCCGCGUGAUUGACUACAAGCACUCGGUUAUUCGCUUAUGGAGCUUGGACAAGCUUCACGACCGAGUUCGCCAGAUGCGCCAGAUGCAUCAGUAUCUCGACCAGCCGGAAUACAGCCAGCACUUCAAGCUGGACAACCCUUUUGUUGAGACCUGCAUGCCGGCGUACUCUCUUAUCGGCGAGGUCGAUGUGCCCUUGAAGGCCGUGUUCGAGAGCCGGGUGCAAGACUUUACGUUGGAAGUGCUUUCGCCGCACACUUACCAAGCCAUUGGUCUGAUCAAGCUCUCCCUGGAGCCAUCGACCGCCCGGGCCCCUUCCAGCACGCUCAAGUACAAUGUGGUCAUGCACGAGUUGAUUGGCUUCCCCGAGCGAGAAGGUACAGACGUUCAUGCUCAGCUUUACAUCCCUGGCGUCUCUGAGGACAGUGUCACCACGACGCAGAUGAUUCGAGAUUUCGACGAAGGUCCCGUCCGCUUCGACAGUGUUCAUAGCAUGAGCGUGCCGCUAUUCGGGCCCGCAGACGUCACCCUCCGAGUUGGCAUCUUUGCCAACGUGUCAUCGAUGCAUCUUGAUAAGCUCCUGAGCUGGGAUGAGAUGCGCGACGCUCCCGUGACCUCGAGCAGACCUCAAGUGCCACGCAUCAACGAGACCCAGUUCUAUACUGCGGAAAAGCACGACCUGCUCUCGAGAGUGCAGAUCCUGGAGCUCGACGAGAAUGGCGAGUACGUGGCUGUGGAGGUCACCCAGACAAGUGAGCUAGACUCGGGCACAUUCCAGCUCCAUCAAGGUCUCCAGCGUCGUAUUGCCGUCAACAUGACUCAUAGCUCGGGCGAUGCACUUCCGUGGGACGACAUUAGCACGAUGAAGGUUGGCAACGUUCAGCUGCUUGACCACGCUGGCAAGACUCCAGAUAUGGGCUCGCCUACUCCAGCGAUACCACUACGGUUGAGCGCGAAACCCUCAUUCCGUCGCAAUGCUAAUGGAACCCGGAGCAUUACCAUUUCUGGGCAAUGGGACUCCAGUUUGCACGGCUCGUUGUUGCUCGAUCGUGUCACUGCCGACAAGUACAAGGUUCAGAUGACAUUGUCCUGGGAGAUCACGUCUGAAAAGCUCGCCGAGCCAAUGCGGUUCUCCACCAAGUUCUGCUGUCAGAUCCUUGGCAGAUCGUACAUCCGGCAGCAGUCGAUGCUCUCCUCGCUAUGGCAACAUGUGAGGAUCGUUCAUUCCUCGUCGGCAGUAUAUACCUUGAGCCUGCGUCCUGCGCCCAUAAAGAGGGCCGGAGACUUGUGGCGAAUGAACAGCCAGCAUGACUAUGUCAAGGGCGAGGAGAAUCUGACGAACUGGCGCCCGAGAGGUGUUUCGGUAGUCAGCGACUACCUCGGCGCAAGAAAGAUGAAGCGCAGAGUGGCAGAGAUUGGGGCUGCACAGCUCUUCCUCAAGAGAGUUGGAUUGCCGCCAACGAAGACGCAGGAGGUGCCAGAAGCUGGUGCAGAAGCGGACGAGCCGGAACAGCCCGACCCAGCUCGAGAUGACGAUGCCGACUCGAUCGAUGCGCUACUGGAGGGUGGACCGUCAGCCUCUCGGCCCAUGUCACCGAACGAAGGCGAGGCCACGCCAGACGACCAACAGGUUGCAGUGGGAGCAGAGACGGAAGCAGAAGCUGACAAGCCAGAGUACGAUGAACAUGAAGCUGAGAUUCUCAGGAAGUGCAUCAAGCUGUGGGUCAGACAUCCGGACCCCAUCCCUCAAAUCUUGAGCCCGUCAAACACGGCUCCUCCUGCGGACGGAAUCGCGCCUGAGGACACAGAGCCUCCGAGGCUGAUCGCGACCAUCUUGCGGGUACCCAAGAAUCCCAAGGUUCUCAAGGGUGGCUACCUGCUGGUGCCUAACAACGACCAGUCGAAAUGGGUCAAGCGGUUUGUCGAGGUCCGACGGCCAUAUAUGCACAUCCACAAUGCUACCGAUGGCGACGAGGUUGCGAUAGUGAGCCUGCGCAACUCGCGCGUCGACAGCCAGCCCGAGAUUCUCGCCAUGUUCAACGGCCACGAUGAUGAGCACGGUAGCCAGCAGGGCGACCAUCAGAACGAAGACACUGCUUCAGUGGCUGGCUCCACGGCCGGCUCGACCGCUGGUUCCACCUAUCGCCCGGGCCAUCGCCGUACCGCGUCGGGCCGCCUGAUCUCGUCGAUCUGGGGCGGUUCCAACACCGGCGGGGGACUUGGGGGGCUUAACGAGCGUCUGCAGGCCGGCGUGUUUGCCAUCUAUGGGACAGACAACACCUGGCUGUUUGCGGCGCGCAACGAGCGGGACAAGCUCGACUGGAUCUUCCGGAUUGACCAGAGCUACUUCUCGGGUACUCCUAGCGCGAGUGGCAGCGGUGCCGUGAGCCCACAGCCUUCCAGGGCGUAUGCUUUUGGCCACGAAUGAGCAGAGCGCACUGGUAGGCUGGUUGUUUGACAAUGGAAGUCUGGCUGUCGUCGACACGACGCAAUGUUUAAACGACUAGGCUUGCCACGACCAGGAGAGGAGAUAGGACAUAAUUCCACGAGACAUACGAAACGACCAC